AUGAAGUGGAGGUGGCGGAAAAAAAUUCCUGUCGGAGUGAAGCGUGUCACCGAGAGCUCGACUUGCACAGUUUCAACGCUAGAGGAAAGAGAUGUUGGGUUUCCGAACGCCGCGAUCCAACCUUUGGCUUCCCAACUAGCUCUAAUCACAACUACACUUUCCGUUAACUCGGUGAAUUCCUUUUCAUCUCCUUUGCGGCAGAACAUCAAUUCUCCUAUCUUUUUUCUCAAUCAUAAUUCAUCUUGUAUCAGGAUCCAAUGCCGGUCGGGAAUGUGCACGACGCCGAUACAGGUGACGGCAUCGCAGUUAGUCGCAAACCACGUGUUUCCGCAACCAGUAGUGAAGGCUCUCCUCUACCCAGGUGCAAUUGUAAAUUGCAUUUAUACCAACAUGUCAUUGCCAAGCUGGGACAAUAUCCUCCACAUAUACAACCUUAUUAAUAUCAACAAUGCAUCGGCGGUGGUUGAUCUUCAGCGCCUAGAGGUGCUUGCGGGAAGCUAUUUUGCCGUCGCCGGCAGUCUGAUUGGCAUUUUGAAUCCAGGGAGGAUGAGUAUGUUUGGUACUCUUCUGCUGGUUUGGGGCUUGGUGAAGGAAGGUAUGUUAGGAAAACCUGCUACAACUGAUCCCGAAAAAAGAGUUUAUGUUUACCCAACAAUGGUGGUGGCACUCAUAUGUGCUGUGUGUUCGGUGAAGUCCACUGCCAGGAAAGCAAGCAGAAGUUCUAAUGCUCAGCCCAUUGCGAAGCCUUUGAAGAGCUCAACAAAAUCCAAGUUGAAGUGAAAUUCUGAGAUGGUUUUCAAUUUUAUGAGCGUCUUUAGAUUUGUGUAGUUCUUAUGAGAUUUUUAUGGGAGUUUUCGCUGAGCAAACCCAUUAUCCUGCUGCAACAACUGCUUAAGUAGGAGAACGAAAUAACAUUUUUAUUUUUGCACUAAUUAAAUUUAGUGGGUUGACCUCCA